UUUGCCAUAUCCAUGGAGACCCACACUACAUCACAUUUGAUGGCAAACUGUACCAUUUUCAAGGAGCUUGUACUUAUACCACUGUGGAGACCUGUAAGAAUUCAUCUGUCAACUUCUCAGUCACAACAAGGAAUGAGCAUAGAGGUAGCUUGGCAUGGACAGCUUUGAAUUCAGUUGCUGUUCGCAUUGGGGAUCUGCAUGUUAUCCUAGCCAAGAACAAAAUAGUUUAUGUUAAUGGAAGCCAGGUUACUUUGCCAGUAAAUUCAAUCCCUGGUAUCUCAAUAUAUAUAAGUGGUUCUUAUGUUGUUCUCCAAAGUGACAUUGGCCUUGAAGUCAAAUUUGAUGGAGACCAUGAACUUUUUGUUAAAGUACAUGAGAAGUUCAAAGAGCAGCUCUGUGGUCUUUGUGGCACCUAUACUGAUAAUAUACUGGAUGAUUUCCUAAUGCCUAAUGGUUUACUGGCCUUUGACUCAAAUGAGUUUGGAAACAGCUGGCGAAUUCCUGAUGACGACUGGGUGUGUGAAGAUGAUGUGGUUGACCCUCCCCCGUGUAAUCCUGCUGAUGAGAAACAAUAUGAAGAGCAAUGCAAAAUCAUUUUAUCAGGCAAUGGUCCUUUCAAGGAAUGUCACUUUUACAUCCUCCCUCAGAUAUACUUUGAGAGCUGCGUCUAUGAUCAAUGUGCCACAGGAGGAGACCUAGAACAGUUAUGCAACGCCUUAGAGUCUUACGCUGCUGCCUGUGAGAACGCUGGUGUUAACCUUGGAAAUUGGAAAGAUAAUACUAUCUGCGGAAAUAGUACAACAACGCCUACUACUGCCAGCACCCCAAGAAGUACUACAACUACUACAACUACUACUAUAUCAACCAGCACCACACCAAAAACUAUAACUACUCCUUCUGCUACCAGCACCACACCAAAAACUAUAACUGCUCCUUCUGCUACCAGCACCACACCAAAAACUAUAACUGCUCCUUCUGCUACCAGCACCACACCAAAAACUAUAACUGCUCCUUCUGCUACCAGCACCACACCAAAAACUACAACUACGCCUCCUGCUACCAGCACCACACCAAAAACUAUAACUGCUCCUUCUGCUACCAGCACCACACCAAAAACUAUAACUGCUCCUUCUGCUACCAGCACCACACCAAAAACUAUAACUGCUCCUUCUGCUACCAGCACCACACCAAAAACUAUAACUGCUCCUUCUGCUACCAGCACCACACCAAAAACUAUAACUGCUCCUUCUGCUACCAGCACCACACCAAAAACUAUAACUGCUCCUUCUGCUACCAGCACCACACCAAAAACUAUAACUGCUCCUUCUGCUACCAGCACCACACCAAAAACUAUAACUGCUCCUUCUGCUACCAGCACCACACCAAAAACUAUAACUGCUCCUUCUGCUACCAGCACCACACCAAAAACUAUAACUGCUCCUUCUGCUACCAGCACCACACCAAAAACUAUAACUGCUCCUUCUGCUACCAGCACCACACCAAAAACUAUAACUGCUCCUUCUGCUACCAGCACCACACCAAAAACUAUAACUACUCCUUCUGCUACCAGCACCACACCAAAAACUAUAACUACUCCUUCUGCUACCAGCACCACACCAAAAACUAUAACUGCUCCUUCUGCUACCAGCACCACACCAAAAACUAUAACUGCUCCUUCUGCUACCAGCACCACACCAAAAACUACAACUACGCCUCCUGCUACCACACCACACCAAAAACUAUAA